GUUGUGGUAAAAGAAAUCCAUUCGCGCAUGACAUUCAAGUGACAUAUCCGUAAAGAUUGUGCUUUGUGUUGUAAAUACAAUUAAAUAAGAAAUUUUCAAUGAUUUAAUUUGUUAUUAAUAUAUUUGUGUCGUACAGUGAAGGUGCAAUGAGUCAAGCAACGUCGGAAAAUUCAAAAACCGUCCGUCGUAGUCUUCAGGAGAAGUAUGAUCUUCUUGGAUAUGAGGACAUCAUCAUUUGGGAUUCUUAUAAAACAACGGACAAGAAGGAGCUAAAGAUUAAAGUUAUGCUAGCCGUGGGAGUUCAGGAGGAGCCAGAAAUACCCGAAAGGGGAACAAUGACCGCAGAGGAGUACGAGAAGGCAAAGAAAAUCGCUGAAAAAGCUCACAAGAGGAAUAUGGAAUUGAUUGAUAAUAUCUGCACUAGCCUUUGGCGUCAAGCAAAGUAUACUGGAGGAGAGCUCAUGAUGUCCAUUUCGUACGUUUGUAUUGUUGAUGAGGAGAGUUCAGCUGUGGGCUUGGGUCAGAUCUGUACAAAGUUCAGUACAAGUCCAAUAUUUCGCGUAAAAAAGUGCCAGAAGAAUUCAUCCACUGAAAAUUGCUGCAUGAUUUUUGUUGAUAUCCAUGGGAGGGUGUAUGCAACAUGGGAAGCUUACAAGGUGGAAAAUAUUCUUCCAGCUGGUAUUAUUGUGGCACCAGCUAAGGGAAUUUUUGUCGGUAAGAAAACUGAACGGGAAGAGUGGGCAGUCAAAUUGGAAGAAUUCCUAUCGCCAGCAGCUCAGCCUGAGGCAAAAGCUGCCGCGGCUACUGACAGAGUUAGUGCAGGCGUUGGUUUAGCAUCAUCUGCUAUUUUAGUUGGUGCAAUGGUACCGUUUGUAGCACCCAUUGCACUUCCACUAGCUGGUGCUGCUAUUGUUGGUGGUGUUGUUUCCAGUGGAUGGUCCAUCAUACGAUCAGGUCUCAAUUUGGCAGAUCGCAGUAAACAUGAGCAGUCUAUUGAUCUCUCAGAUGCCGAAGCUCGUGGGAGUUGGUUAGGUGUUGCCGGUGGAAGUCUUGGACUUGCUUCUGGAGCAGCUGGACAAGCCCUAGGCGCCAUGGCAAGGAAUGGUAGUAACAUCUCUCCAUUCAUUCGAUUUGGCUUUAACGGAUUAAAUGUUUCGGUGUUGGUUGUUAAUGGUUUGGGGACGAUUAAUGGUUUCGUUGAUAUCUUCUUCAUCAACGAUGAUCAACCUUUAACGGCUCAGCAGGUGUUGCAACUGUCAGCUUCACUAUUCAUGUUCACCCAUUCAGUGUACAACUUCCAAACGGCAAACUCCAUAAUUCGAAGUAAUCAGGAUAUGACAAUAAGGGAUGUGAGGGAGAGUCUAAGCCGCAAUCAGAAGCGUGCCUUUGAUAAAAUGUCCAAGGAAACUAUUCGUUUGAAGGGAGAAUCAACAGGGAAGGCGGACAUUGUGCGAAAUCUCAAAAAGAUUCCUGAUCACAAAGAAUACUUCCGUGAUAUGUACAAAGUGAAUAAGCAACUGAAUGAGGCAAAUGUUAAACCCUCCUUUGGGAGUGACGGUCAAAUGCAGCUCAAUGGUCAACCCGGGAAUACUGUACCAAGUGAACUGAGAGCCAAUCUCAAAGCAGCUUCAACUGCAGAAGUCUUUAGUAGCAUCCCCGCUCAUGAUCCUAAUCUUGGUGCAUCAACAAAACCUGGUCAAUUGAACUUAACAACUCCCAUCAAUGGUCAAAUGAACGUCGUGAAUAAUGCCAUUAGGAUCCUCAGUUUGCUCCCUCAUUUAAUUGGUGAAGAUGUUGAGAAGACUCUUGAAAAUAUCAGUCAACAACUCACUAAGGAAGCCUUUAACAUGUUCAUCAACUUCGUCAGAGAUUUUAUAUUUGAGUUUGGUGAUCAAAUUGAACGGAGAAUGAGUCGAGCUAUUCCACUCAGAGAGCAUCUCUAUAAAAUCUUUUACAUUUUUGAAGAUAUUGCCAGGGAUAUGGAAAGGACAGUUUUGGAAUUUAUUCAGAAUCUUUCCUCAGAGGGAAAACAUAAUUUACCCUACAUGUUCAUGGUAUACAAUCACUACAAAACGGAAUUCCUACCAGAACCUAAUAAGACUUGCACUCAAUGCGGUGGAAAAUACUAUGAAGCCUGAGAAAAGAAAGCGGAUGAACCAAUUAUUAAUUAAUUUGGCUAAUUUAUUGAUGUGAUCUUUAGUUUUGUAAAUUCCUUUAACAGAUAUUUCCUUCCAGAACUAAAUGACAAUUUUUUCUUGUAAAUUCCAUCAAUAAAUAGUUUAUUAGUUGUAGUAAAAAAUAGGUACAUAACUCCAAAGAAAAACUUAUAAUCUUCGAAAGAUAUUACUUUUUGAAUAAAUUUUUAGACCCAAAA